CUCUUGCUCUACCACUCUCGAAAUGCACAAAAUACAAAAUCACGGUGGUGUAAACUCCCAUGUUCUAGCGGAAAAUUCACUCUCGUUUUGCACAUUUCCAGAGUAGUGGAUCGAGACCCUUUGCCCCGAAUGUGAUGACAUCUGUACCCCAUAAUCUCCGAGUGGUUGACACGUGGCGGGUCAUCACCGACUUCCCUACGAUGUGGCGGUGGUCAGUGGCCAAGCGUGUCUGAUUUGGCUGAAAGGUACAGCCAUGAACCGUUCAUAAGUGGACCUAUCGAAUCAGAUUAAUUCGAUAACACGGAGGAAGACGACGAACAGACACGCACGUUCACAACAUACCUACACACACACACACACACACACACACACACACACACACACAGAGAGAGAGAGAGAGAGAGAGAGAGAGAGAGAGAGAGAGAGAGAGAGUUUUUGCGCGCAAAUGAGGUGGUGGUAGUGGACUGGUUGACUGAAUGCGAUAACAAGGAGGAAGCCGACGAGCAGACGCCCACAUUCACAAAUACCUACACACACACACACACACACACACACACACACACACAGAGAGAGAGAGAGAGAGAGAGAGAGAGAGAGAGAGAGAGAGAGAGAGAGAGAGAGAGAGAGAGAGAGUUUUGCGCGCAAAUGCGGUGGUGGUAGUGGGCGGGUUGACAGGAUCUCCGUUUUAGGUGGAGUGAGUGGCAGAGGGGUAGAGAUUGUAUUUGUUGAGUCAUGGCUUUUAGGUCUUUCAGAUCACUUUCAGGUCAGGCUAGGCGCUUGCUGUCUAUACCAAUCAGACGAGGGCCCACGUGGCUAGAGCAGUCCAAUGGUGGUAAUGCUCAUUGUACCCAAUUGCUCUCAGGUCAUCAAUCUGGUCAUGAAUCUGGUCGUUUCGGUGACGGCUGUGCAUCUUCCUCAUCGUCAUUAUCCUCCUCAUCCUCAACACGCCAUUCUCUGCGUGCCACGUGGCAAUCGCAAGUGACCGGACCAGGUAAUUUCUGUCCAGGUGCUUUUACAGCAGAGAGAUUUUUCUCGCGGUGGUCGGCAGUUCGAACCCACGUGUCACAAUCAGAAUCGGGGUUUGAUCUAUCAUCCACAGACUUCGAUCCUGAGGUGGGGACCACAUCGGACCCUCGCCCUAUUGACAAUCUAUCUGGAGUGGGGACCACCAUCGGCCCUUCGGAGACUGUUCCUGGUCAUAUACCUGGCAUGAACAAACGAUCAAAGAAAUUCUUAGGAAAACCUGAGGCAUGGAUUAAGGUAGCGCCUGAUCAGCCUUGCCCGCCUUAUCAGCCAAAUAAAGGAAGCGUGAAGAACAGAAAACACAAACGGCGGAUGGCACUGCGUGCGCUUUUUGCAAAGAAUCAAGCGCAAGAGCAGAUUCAAGGAAGAAAGGAUGCCAUAGUGAAGAGGGAUGCUGAACGAAAGAAGCGGUGGAAGGAAGGUGCCCAGAGAGCGAAGGCAUGGGCUGAACUUGUUGCUUCAAGGAAUGCUGCAGCAGGGGGCAGUGCUGUUCUGCAAUAAGAUGAAAGGAAUCGCAGAGUUGAGGGACAAUUAAAUCUGUCUUUUUCUGCAGAUGUUUGAUAGUGGAAGGAAACCACUGAUGCAUUUUUCAAUUUCUUUUCGUUUAUCUGUGUUUCCUCUUUUGUAUAUGUUGCAUUUUUUUUAAGUCCUUGCAAUGUUCUGCUGUGCGUUUCUUCUUCUCUGAACCUCAAUGUGUCCAAGAUAUUCACCUGUCUUCUCUUACUUCACCAAGGCGGUGGCUUUCUUUCAAGAUCCCUUGCACAAUCGUACGACGAAUUUGAAUUUCAAGUGUUCUUCGGGAAUCCGAAUUAUUUUGACAUCU